AUGGCGGGAAUGUUUUGAAGCUUUGAGAAUGUCAACACAAACUAGUAGUUUAUCUGAGAAGGCUGCGGAAAGAUUGAAUAGCUCCCUCCCAAUAGAUAUAACAGCAGCUCAGGUUCAGCAGUACCCAGAACUGGUCAAUCUACUUACACAACUAUCUCAAAGGAUUACCCCAGAGGGGACCAGUCUUCACAUCAAGCAGGAACUUGAACAAGCAGAGGAGGAGCUGAGACAUGAAAAGCACACCUGGCUUCUACAACACAUACUUUACAAAGAAAUAGAGGAGUUCCUGGUAGACCUGGAGCUGAAGAGUCAAGAUGUGGCACAGUCACCUGAUGACAAACAGUUUCAAACAAUGCUACAGGAAUGUCUGACCUUGUCCGAGAUAGAAGAUUACCUGAGAUGUAGUCCAGAUCCCAGCUGUAAGGUCAGCCUUCUGGGCCUGACUGCAGAAAGCAUACACAGUCAGAACCCCCAUACAAAAAAUCUGUCAUACCUCCAACAAAAGUUGAUUCCACAGAUAGAGGAACGUUUGGCUGCAAGAUGUGAAAAUUUACAGAACUUCCAGGAAACGGAAAACAUAUUAGAUGGCAGUCCCAGUUUAGCAAAAUCUUCCCAGUUACCUGCCUUGAUGGAGUCACGGAAGAGAAAAUUAGACGAAGACAAACACCACCUAGAGAGAUUGUACAGCGUCAGAGAGAAACAGUUUCAGACUUAUUACCAGACUCUGUUGGACUCCCUGCACCUGUUGGAGGAGUUGAUCUCAAGGUACCGCCUCCAGAGUCAGACAGAACACGACACGGUGUCGGCUGAGUGGCUGGUGGCCAAGUGUGACGGACUGUGUCUCAAAAUCAAGUUAGUAGAGCUGCAGAUUUUGUGCGAUACCUACACAAUGGAAACUACAAAAGCUCUGCUUAAAAUAAAAGAAACAUUACACAGUGCAAGAGAAGAAGCAGAUAAAAGUAAGACUUAUGUGACAAAAACUUUACAAACUUAUGAAUCCUUAGGGAGUGAAUUUGAUGACCUAGUAACAGAGUACCAGAGACUGAAGGAGGAAAUUGACAACAAGGAGUGGGCGUUGUCCGAGUUACAGAAGAGUGACAGCUAGUGGGCGUUGUUUUACAGAAGAGUGACAGCUAGUGGGCGUUGUGUUACAGAAAAGUGACAGCUAGAAUAUGUUAUAUAUUAAUUGCAAA